AAGGGUGUGGAGCCAGGCCAGCGUGACGCGAGGGGCGCGUCACGUGGCCCGGUUCCCCUUUCACCUUCCGCGGUGUAUUCCCGGCUUCCCAUCCGGCCCCAUAACCAGAGAGCGAACAACGGCGGCCCCAAACGCGGCAUCCCCGAGCCGACGCGCUUGCAUGGACCGCACGACAGGCCGCCGCUGCCGGGCCAGCCGCCGAUCGACGACCGCAUGAUGCUCGCGCCGGCUCUGCUGCCGCCGCUGCUGCUGCUGGCGCUGGCCGGCCGCGCGCAGCAGCAGCAGCAGCACUUCCCCAGGACCCGGUUCCAGCCCGUGCACCGGUACCCGCCGCUGCCCAACGGCAUCAAGCUCAGCCCCGAGCUCAUCAACCAGGCGCUCCAGCUGCCCCCCAAUGGCCACCCCCAGGGUCCCGCUCAGCAGCAGCAACAGCAGAGCUUCAGGCCCCAGCGCAUGGUGCAGCUGACGAUACCGCAGGGCGUGCUGCGAGGCCGCGUCCUGCGCACGCCCUCCGGCCGGGGCCUGGUCGCCUUCCUCGGCGUCCCGUACGCUGCCGCGCCCCUGGGGCCGCUGCGCUUCAAGCCCCCCGUGAUACACCCUGGCUGGAGCUCAGUGCUGGACGCGACUGCCUUCCGAUCGGCGUGUCCGCAGUUUGACUACCGCGGGAGGAUCGUCGGCAACGAAGAUUGCCUCUUCCUCAACAUCUACACGCCAGGAUACAGGAACGGCCAGACCCCUUCCUACCCCGUGAUGGUGUUUCUGCACGGUGGCAAUUUCGAGACUGGAGCCGCAAGCCAGUACGGACCACAGAAGCUCGUCGACAAGGACGUCGUCGUGGUCACCAUAAACUACAGGCUCGGCAUUCUUGGGUUCCUGAGCACGGGCGACAGCGUCUGCCCUGGCAAUCUGGGCCUGCUGGACCAGAACCUGGCGCUCAAGUGGGUGCGCGACAACGUGGCCCACUUUGGCGGUGACCCUUCGCAGGUGACGCUCUUCGGCCAGGGCUCAGGCGCCGUCAGUGUCUUCCUGCAUAUCCUGUCACCACUCAGCCAAGGGCUGUUCGUGCGUGCCAUCGCCGAGAGCGGCAGCCCGCUGAGCGACUGGGCCGUGGAGCCCGAACCGGCGCAGUUCAAGCGCAUCGUGGCCCAGGGCGCGGGGUGCCCCACCGACGGCCCGUCGUUCGCGCUCAUCGACUGCCUCAUGCAGACGCCCAGCAGCGAGUUGCUGCGCAUCCAGCAGGAGAGCAAGGUGUUCGGCGACUUCCCUGUGCGGACGGCGCCUGUGGUGGAGAAGUUCAACCCGCAGGGGGCGUUCCUGCCGGACGAGCCAGCCGCCCUGCUUGAGCGCGGAGAGUUCCGACGAGUGCCGCUGAUCGCCGGCGUCAACAAGGACGAGACCGCCUUCUUUUUUCCCGUGCUGUCCGGGUACCUUCGGGACCGGUCGGCGCGCAGUGCCACGUACGUGCGCGACCAGUUGCUGCCGCGCUUCCUGAGCAGCGCGCUGCGCUACAACCGGCCGCCGACGGAUGUCGUGGACUCCGUGGACGAGACGUACUUCCGCGACGUCAACCCGCUCGACACGAACGCUGUCAUCAGGGCCUUCAUCAACAUGUCGACGGAUGCAAUGUUCGUGGCGCCCAACCAGCUGACGCUGGCCAAGUACUCGCGCUUCGAAGCGCCCACCUACAUGUACGUGUUCGAGUACCGGGGAGAUACCAGCCUGCUGGAUGCCCGGCUCGGCUUCCAGAGGCAGUCCUACGACCUCGGUGUGUCCAACGGCGACGAGCUCAUCUAUCUAUUCGACGUGACGGCCGAUGGACUGCGGCCACUGUCCAACCUCGACUCGCUCGUGAGCAGCAGGAUCAUCAACCUCUGGACAGACUUCGCCAAGAGCGGGACGGCACCGCAGUACCCGAACUUCGAGUACCCCGCGUGGCCGCGCACCACGCCCAGCAACGUGUCGUCAUACCGCAUCGGCCGCUCGCUCCAGCCCGGCCCCGAAUACCGGGUGGAGGCGACGCGCUUCUGGUCGGGAAUCUCGCCCGCGCUGCUCGGCCAGCGGGGCGACGACGACGGCUCGCACUCGGGCGCCCUGGUCACCCCGCCCGGCUACGUGGAGCCCCUGUACCGGACGCUGGCCUGGAGCAUGGUGGCCGUGGCCAUCGCGCUCGCGCUAGCCCUCGUCGUGCUCCUCGUGGUGCUCUACAACCAGAAGAAGAGCCAGAGCUUCCGCGCCAGCUCGGACCUGGACAACUCCCGGGUGUCCGCCGGCGGAUCGACACUCUACUGACGAUGGCACGGGACGUCGCCCCUGUUUAAAUCUCACGCUCACCGGUACAGACUCGAAGGCCACAAGAACUCUGCUGCGACAUCGCCGCAUGCUUUCGCUCCGAUGCUUUGUGGUCCGGAGCCCAACUGGGAAGCGUCCGCGCACUUGUAACCAACACGCGGCAAGAAAGGCGAGCGGUACACGGCAAACGCGCAGAACUGAGCGUGGACCGUGCUGAUAUAGGCUUGCCCGGGCAUUAUAUUUUUGCGCUUAGAGCGGCGAAUGGGCCAUCCGUUUGUUGCGACCACUCUUUGGAGGCAAACUUACAGGCUCUAUAGGUCAGUGUUUCUGGAAAAUGCAAGUGAGUGAAGAAGCUUGUGAAAGGCAUAAUUGAUGCUGCCUGAGCAGAGCAAAGAGACUGCCUAAAGCAUGCCGUUUCGCGUAAAAGUAGCUCUGCUGCGCUGGCACGAUCGUCGGGCGAGGCCAGAAGGUGACGAUUUAGAAUGGCAGAUAGUCUCUUCCGCUUCGAUGUCUAUGUGCUUCAGCUUCAGCUCAGGCCAAGUGAACCGUGAAUUCUGUAGAUCGGCGGUCACCGCCUCUUUUCUUAUUGCGGCAUAUCGCUGAUUUUCAUCGGUGCGUAAAAUCAUUGCAAGCGUAAUAUAACUUUACUGUAAUUGAAAUUGUAAAAAAAAAAAAUUAUCGGGUUUUACGUGCCAAAACCACGAUCUGAUUAUGAGGCACGCCGUAGUGGGGGCUCUGCACCUGGGGUUCUUUAACGUGCACCAAUAUCUAAGUAUACGGUUGCUUUAGCAUUUAACUCCCAUUGAAAUGCGGCCGCCUAGGCCGGGAUUCGAUCUCGCGACCUCGUGCUUAGGAACCCAACACCAUAGCCACUAAGCAACCACGGCGGGUAAUUGAAAUUGUAGUUAGAAGGCAUGGACCUAAAAAAGGCGUGGAUUUCAUUUCAAGGGUGCAUGUGACACGUAGUUUUUGCGGGUUCGCUCCGAGAGAAGUGGUAGGGUUAGCGCGAACGGCCUAAGGUGUUGCUAUACCGCGGUUGUCCUCGCAGCGUGUAAUUUGGCCAGCUUCGAGAAAAAAAAUCUACUGUUUGUGUGAGGGGGCGAACGUUCCGAAACAAAGCUAGUGUGCAUUUUUAUUGCUGACUCGCAGUGAACAGAUGAUGGGAACUUUCAUUUGGUUUCCAACGUUCUCAGCUCUUCCUUGUUCUUUUUUUUCCUCUUGUUCUUUUUUUUGUCGAAGUGAGUAAUUUUGUGCAGCUUUCUCACUUCCGUUCAAGCUAGACAUAGUUUUGUUUUGUAUGUAAGUGCCUUAUAUACAAAGUGCGUGCAGACAAAAUGUGGCAUUUUACGACAGAGUAUGCGUUUUUAGUCAUAAUAGGCUAUCGCCGAAUGUAAGGCGCCGGAGUGUUGGAUAGAGCUCGCGCUGUCACAUAUAGAAAAAAAAAAGACAGUGGAGACACGUUUGUAUUUAUCGUGUAUAGUCUUGUAUAUUUCGCGCACGGCUGCAUAACAAUUUAUAGUAGUGUCUACAGUAAAUAUCAAUUCUAGUAUGUUCUGUUACCGCAAGCUAAAAAAGCUUGUGUCAUAUGUGUUUCGUUCAUACGCCAUCCUCAUUAUAUUCGCAUCUGCAGCAUUGUCAAACCGUACAUUUAAAAUCACAGUGAGCACCUCAAGUGAGAUAGCGCACAGAAUUUAAGUGCGUUAGUACGCGCAAUGAGUGUUCAUGGGAAUUAGCGCGAACUAUGCACAGCAAGAUUUUAAACAUUCGCUGCAUACGAACGUAUCCUAACAAGUCUCAUGAAGGGACCCGCCGCAACUGUUCUUGGUAUAGCUUUACAAUGAAUUACGAUCAAUUCUAUAGUAUACGUUCACUGGGAUAUGCUGUUGUGGAAGGAAGUUCAGAGCUGAGAAGCUAAAGGGGCACUGCAAAAGCACAGAUGUCAGAACUAAACGUGCUCCGAGGCGGGAAGAAGGUGGCGUACUAAUGAAAGUGGUCAACGAGGCACUGACGCCGCUGAGAGUAUCGUUGUUAAAUGUAUAGGAGGUCCUGUAUAUCCCCUGGGUAUCUUGAAUCUUGAACCUGGCACGAUGCAAGAGCAACCUAAACAUAUCCUUGAAACAAUAUCACAUUGUUAUUGUGCGUUAGUUUCAUUUCAUAACGGAUCCUCUUAGAGGUUCUAUCCUCGCGCUUAAAUGAGAGAUGAAGCUGGGAUUGUGUCGAGGGGAUGAAAUCAAAUGUAAACAUCCGUAGAAAAACCCGUGAGCAGCAGUAUCGCAGGAGUAGGGUUUCGUAUCACCCGUCGCCCCAAUGCCCAACCCACAAGUUACGCACCAUCCGGACAGGUACUAUGCAUGGUGACUGUAGCAAACUUCCAUGUCGCUACAAGUAGGCAAAUGCAACUCCACGCUUUGUUUCUGCAACCGGGCGCCGCGUAGUAAACAAAAAGCUGAAGCGCUACUUGACGUCUGCCCUUUCUCAUGAUUCAACCUACGUAAAUGGAUGUGUAUUCGUAUACACUCCAACAAGCUACACGUCCUCAAUGUUCUGUUGGAUUUCUCCAGGUGACUGUUUGUCGGUCAGCUAGAUCUCGAACUAAUGUGGCGUGAUGCCUGCGAGAGGGCGCGCCAUCCUUUCAAGAUGAAAGCGAAAUGCUUGACGAGCUGUAAUUCAGCACAAAUGCGAUUGUGGAUUUUGCGUACGUGCUUUUCAGCCCUGAUCAGUUCGCCGAGACGGCCUUUGUCGACAAAGUUUUGUUGCGUUCUUCCAUCUUCCUCGGUUAGUACUUUGUAUAGUAGGAAAUGCUAACUGCCGGCAACGGCGAGCGGAGACCCGCGCCGAGUAACGGCAACUUCGAGGAUGACGUAGGCCCUCGUCGGAGCGCGCCCAACUGCAGGCAUAAAUAAAGUUUCUCCAAUCCAAUCCAAUCCAAUGCCACUUAAGAGAAGCCUGAGCGAUGUGCAAGCGUAUUACCAUGCUAGCUGUGUAACAUUCUACACGGUACGAAUGCAGUUUUUAUAAAAAAGAAGUGACGGUCUCAGAAGUGGUUACAUUAGAAAACUACAGCUUUGUUGUUCAUGAGUGUACUUAGAUUGCAGCACCCAGAGCACGUGUUGCGCAUAUCCAUCUCAAGUUAUUAUUGUUGUUACUAUUUUCACUAAACGCGGCGUCACUGGCCCUGUGUCAUGCACAUCAAGAUUGCACUACAUACGACUCAGCCGCAGAGAAUGCUCUAACACUGACAACGAACCCUUUAGCCACUGUUUCUCUAUGCAUACGCAUGUUUGUACAUAGGACAUAUAUCCUUAACAUAUGAUUCAUACUGCCACUCCACGAAUCAUUGUUGCGCCACAUGUUCUUGCGCGUUUUUCUCCUGUAAAAACAAAGAAAAAUAAAAUUUAGCGACAUUGUUACUUCCAA